AUGCAGUGGACGUCUUUCGUUCAAAAAGCCCAGUCAUUGAUCGACCCGGCCAACUUCACUCUCCCCACGCUCACUUCCACCGAUCGCAACCCUUCGAAAGCUUCCUUGUUUCGCCAGCAAUUUCGACUUCCGGAUUCUCAGAAUCCCCUACAAGAGAUAACUGCUGAACUGAUCCUUCCUAUCCCACAUACCUCGUCUUCCACAUCAUCCGGAGACCAACCUCGCAACCUUGACCGUGCCGGGAAUCGCUAUGCUGGCCGACUUCAUUUGAGCGAACGGUUUAUCUGCUUUACUACUCAACCUACCAGCUUCGCACCUUCUGCAACCCAUAGCGCUUCAACUCAUUGGGCCGGUCAAACAAAUGGGACUGGUCCGUUCGGUAAUGGGUUUACUCUCCCCCUUUGUUGCGUCCGUCGAGUGGAACGGCUAAAUAGCUUGAGUCAUGUAUUCUCGCUCGCUCUCACAACAUGGAACGGUGCGCUGGGGAAGCAACAGAGCCCCGGCUUUAUCCCCCAACGAUUUACGAUUCAGCUGGUCGGGAGCAGGCAGGCCUGUGAACGAUUCUGCGAUGGGCUGAAGAAGGGAUUACGAGAAUGCAUGAAAGAAAUCGAGAAUCUGCGGGUAGUCGUAAAUGAUUGUUAUUCGGAGUACUUGCUGUCUGGUGCCAAGUCCAAGGCUCAGGACAGUGAUAAUGCCGAGGUGCGCCAGCCGCCAGAUGCCGGCCUAGGGAUGAUCUUUCGCUACCCUGGAGAUGCGCGCAAGCUCCGGGACAGAAGUAAAAUGAGACUAUGGGGGGAAUAUUUCAGAGAAAAUGGCCGCAACGCAACUCUUAUUCGACAACCCACAUUUCAUAAGCUGAUUCGGGUUGGGCUUCCGAACCGUCUCCGUGGUGAAAUCUGGGAGUUGUCGUCCGGAUCUCUGUACCUCCGCCUCAGAUCGCCAAAUUCAUAUACAGAGACACUUUCGAAAUUCUCCGGGAGAGAGUCCUUGGCUAUCGAUGAGAUUGAAAAAGAUUUGAACCGGAGUUUGCCUGAAUAUGCUGGGUUUCAAAGCGAGGAAGGCAUAGGACGACUUCGUAGAGUCCUGACAGCCUACAGUUGGACUAAUGCGGAGAUUGGAUACUGUCAGGCUAUGAAUAUCGUCGUCGCGGCUCUGUUAAUUUACAUGUCCGAGGCGCAAGCCUUCUUCCUCCUGUCCGUUUUGUGUGACCGUUUAUUGCCAGGGUACUACUCAACAACCAUGUAUGGGACAUUGCUCGAUCAAAAGGUGUUUGAGUCCCUCGUCGAGAAAACCAUGCCGGUCCUUUGGGACCAUCUCACCAAAUCCGAUGUCCAGCUUUCCGUUGUGUCACUCCCAUGGUUUCUCUCUCUCUAUAUCAACUCCAUGCCUUUGGUUUUCGCCUUCCGGGUGUUGGAUGUAUUUUUCCUAGAAGGGCCGAAGGUUCUCUUUCAAGUUGGGUUGGCCAUCCUGCGUAUCAAUGGCGAGGAGCUUCUGGACAUACAGGAUGAUGGGUCUUUCAUAUCUGUCCUCAAGUCAUACUUCUCUCGUCUGGACGAAUCGGCCCACCCUAGAUCCGAGAACCCCAAAUUGAGGGCUAUCACCCGGUUCCAGGAACUGAUGGUAGUCGCUUUCAAGGAAUUUUCAGGAAUUACCCACCAGACGAUUACGGAGGAGCGUGAGAAGCACAAAGACGCCGUUUUGGAGAAUAUUGAGAGUUUCGCGAAACGCACGUCCAUUCGGAACCUGGGCCCGGACAGCAAGAAGCUCAGCAUGGAUGAUUUGGGCGUGAUCUAUGACCGAUUCUACGAGGUUCUCUAUGAGCAUCAGCAGCGGCAAAGACUUCUGGACGAAGAGAAGAAGCGCCAACAAAGGAAGAGAGUUGAACGCACCUCCUCCAUCCUGGGACCUCCAGUGGACCGAGAAGUUGGCCGUGUAGGUCUCGGGCCCAGCCCCACUCACAUGGAUUACGAUGCUUUCCGCGAUUUUCUCGCGGCUACUGCAAAGUGGGCCGUAGGAGACACCCCGGGGUCUUCACGGAAGGAGUCGAAUGCUGAACAGAACUCCAGUAGCUUCAGAGGGUUUGGGAAGUCUCUGGCAUGGAACAACAAAUCGGAGCCAGCGGACCACGAAUUCAUGCAGCGACUCUUCCAGAAGUGGGCCACAGAGCCAUCUGAAGGGCUCAGCCUACAAAAUGUGGUCAAUGGACUUGCACGCCUCAAGGGACCCCGUGACAUUAUGAACAAUAUCAACUACUUUUUCGACCUGUAUGAUGAUAAUGGGAACGGCACUGUCGAUCGGGAGGGAAUCCUAAGAAUGUCAGAAGCUCUCCUUUUCCUCUCUCGGCGAGGCUUUGACGGCGCAAUUACCCCAAGUGAACCUCUGGAAGAGGCUAGCGAACGCGACCGUUUCGACCAGGAUAAGCUGAGCACCGAUGAGAGGUUCUUGGGGAGUGUCAGCUCGUUCAUCCGUCGCUGUUUUGAAUACGCCGAUCCCAGUAACCCGGAAGGCAAGCCUACACAAGAGCAAAAGGAUGCUGAUACAGAAGAAGCAACCGAAAAGCUCGACGCAUUUGCCAUUGGUGACGACGAAGAAGAAGACCUCAUUGAUAUUGGUGACGAAGCGAAACCUGAACCGUCCGAUUCAAAGAAGCACGACAGUGAUACCCAGCACAACCGGGGCGCAUCAGAGGCUGCAAACCCAGCCCUCGACCCUAACAAUCCUCUACACAUCACCCUUCCCACAUUCCGCAUGGUCAUAUUGGCCGACGAGUUACUAGAGCAAUUUUUCGAUACGUUCUUUCCUCAGUCAUUCCGUCUUUCCGACCAAUCACUUCCCGCAGCAAAACUCACGUCUCUCUCCUCUAACCUCACCACCUUCUCUAACAUCAACACGCCUAAACCCCACGCCAGCGCUGCUGCCGGUGCCACCGUUGCAGGUGCAUCCGGUGGAAUUGUUCCACCAGGCAAGGGCCUGCGUGGGGUCCUGGACAAUAUCGUUUCAGAUGGUAUCCGGAUGGCUGCGGAGGUCAAGAAGCGCAUGGACGAAGCACAACGCGAACUGGAACGCAACGCUCUCAGCCGGCCCCAGGAAGACGACGAAGAGGACGACGAGGAGGACUACGAUCCUCGCAGUGGCAAUUCGGCCCCACCAAUCAUCGUCGGCGGCAUCUCCAGCUGGGGCGCCGGCGCUUACGGCGCAGACCCAGAACGGCGCAGCGUGCGCGACACGGACCGGGACCUCCUGGAAGGCGCCGAAGUGGUCAGCAUCCACAAAAAGGAAGACGCAUCUCUCCUGGACGACAAGGACGAACAUCAACACAGCGCAGCUGAAGGGAGCAGCAGCAGUCACCACCACCACCAUCAGCAGAGAGAAAGCUCGUCCCAUCCCCAUAAUGAUGGUAACGUCGUUAGCAAGGUUGAAUUUGAGUCAUGA